CCAUUAUCGACAUUAUCCCGAAAUAGAAGGCCGGGACUGUAGCUUGGACACCCCCGCCCGUACGUUGUGUGAAGAAAGAUGCCAUACCCCAAGACGGCCAUUGUUAUCGGCGGAUCAAUCGCUGGCCUUCUCCAAGGACUCCAACUCAAACGCAACGGGGUGAAUGUCACGGUUCUCGAGCAAGAUCCUUCCGACGACCGCCACAGUCAUGAAUCCGGAGUCCAAAUCGGGCCCAGCGUGGUCUCCCUGUUCGACAAGUACGACGCAACAGGUCGGCCGUCCGCCAUCCCGGCCCGCUUCCUCAGCGUUGCCUGGCGCAAGCACCUCCGCAUCAUCAACCACCCCGCUCCCCGACACAUGAGCAACUGGGGCACCCUGUACCUCAUCCUGCGAGCCAACUUCGACGGGAAGACCUCCGAGAUGGUGCCAGACGCGCCCCCGCCGAGGAAAGGAGACGGGGAAGUUGCGUACCGUCCCGGAAAGCGCGCCAUGGGGUUGAGGUACAGCAAGGACGAGGGCAUCGUCCACGUCGAGUUCGAAGACGUGAAGACGGGCGAGAAGGAUACCAUCAGUGCCGAGACGGUCAUCGCCGCAGACGGCGUGCACUCCACCGUCAGGAAGAUCCUGCACGUCCCGUCGGAGAAGAAGUACUCCGGGUACAUCGGCUGGCGUGGCACGGUGCCGGAGCGACUGCUGUCGCCCGAGACGGUGGAAUAUUUCUCGAACCGAUUGAACUUCUCCCUCAUGAACGGGACUUAUUGUAUCAGCUACAUCAUCCCCACCGAAACCGGCCACGUCGAACCCGGCAAACGCCUUCUGAACUGGGUGUGGUACUACCCAGCAGCGGAUGGCUCGCGCGAGAUGACGGAUAUCUUCACCGACACUAACGGUAAGAUCCACCCCAGUACCGUGCCCCAGGGGCUGGUCAAACCGGACGUAUGGGCCAGCCAAAAGGCGCGGCAUCUCGAGCAGAUGAUUCCCCCGCUCGCCGAGAUCAUCGACAAAACGCCCCGCCCCUUCAUCUCCAAGGUUGCCGACCUGGACGGGACCGACCACCAGGCCAGUUUCUUCGAUGGCCGCUUGGUCCUUGUCGGAGACGCAUACAACGCCUUCCGGUCACACCUGGGUAUGGCGUCGGAGCAGGCGGCCCGCCACUGCUGGCAGAUGGAUCGCGUAUGGCGCGGGGAGAUCACGCAGCAGGAGAGAGACCGCGAGGCUGCGCUAUAUGCUAAGAGGUUUAUUCUGUUGAAUCGGUUUAUCGGUUUGACAGGGAUGGAAUUGUGGUUUCAGCUCUUCAAGACGGUGGCUGGCUAUGCGUGGUUGAUGUUGAUGCAUUUUAUGGGCUUUGUGUGA